AGGCGUGGGUACGCAUACAAACACACGCGUAUUAUAGUCCCUCUCACCAAGUCGAACUGACAUCUUGUUCAGCGCUCUCAGCCGGUGAAAGGAGGAUCUCGGGCCUCGAGCUAACGUAGGUGUGUGGGGCUAUUACCUCAGCUCUGAAUGAAGCAAGACUGCAGAUAGCCAUGUCGGAUCGAAGGCAAAGUUUUUUUUUCAAAGGCCCAAAGACCAAGGGUCAGCGGGCGAGUAGAGUCGUCCAGACUCCCAUCAACCCUCAGCUCCAUGCUAAGAUACAGGAGAUCGAGACUCUGACUGAGGCUCAAGUCAACGAUCGACUUCAGGCCAUGCUGGAGGACAUAAACAUCACCCAGGAGCAGGGGAGAGUUCAUAUCAUGGGACAGACGCUGAAGGAGAAGAAGGGACUGCUUCGGAACUGGAUACUUAGAGAUCACGGACCGGGGGGUGCCCAAUCGGGACCAAACACUCCAGCUGAAUUCGUUACAGAACUGAAGAAUUUCGAUUUCAUGACUACCGACUCAGCAACAGAGGGUCAACAUGGCGUCAUCGACAAACUCCGAGUCUCUCUCUCCACUAACGGUCUCAAUUGGGUGAAAAGGUUUGGAGAACACAACGGUCUAGACAUUCUCCUGGACACCAUGAGGUCGUGCAGUCAGGUCAGCUUUGCCGGGAAAGACGCCAUCCUUCGUCGGAUAAUGCAUCAGUGUGUCCGUUGCCUCAAGGCCUUCAUGAACAACAAGUACGGUCUGACUAAGAUGCUGCAGAGCGAGCAGGGUCUCAUCAUCCUCGUCAGCGGGAUGGACCCCUUCAACGAGAACAUGAUGACUGAUGUGCUGCGAGUCACGGCCGCUGUCUGCCUUGUAGCGGACGGCCACGAUCGGGUCCUGGAGGCGGUCACAGUCAACGGAGAGAUGUGCAACAUAAACCGUUUCGAACCGGUCCUAAUGGCUCUGAAGAAGACCAACAAUCCCAUGCUCCAGCUAGCCUGUCUCCAGUUCAUCAACGCCAUCAACUUGAGGGAGAUCCAGCUACAUGAUCUGACCACUCACCUGGACAUCUUUGAAGACCACAAGGAGCAGGACUUUGAGGAGAUGCUUCAUCGUCUCAACGACAUCCGCAUCGAGUUAAAAUAUCCUCUCAUGUCAUGUGACCAUCACAUGCACAAACCCUCGUGUCAUUUUUGCCUUAACCCCUUGUGCACUGAGCCCGAGGAAGUCUUCAAGAUGCUGCGAGGGUUAACGUCGGGCACGCCGGCCGGACAGCCAUUCUUGUCGAUCCUCCAGCACCUACUGCUGGUUAGGGACGACUUCUUUGCGCGGCCGCAAUACUUCAAGCUGGUGGACAAGUGUGUGUCUCAGAUUGUGCUGCACAAGGGAGGGCUGGACCCUGACUUCCACUACACCAGGAAGUUUACCAUCGACGUCGACGGAAUUGUCGAUUCAAUGAUAGACAAGGCCAGGGUCGAUGAGGCCGAAGGGCGAGUGUUUGAUCUUCAACACGCUCUGCACAAAGAGGAGGCGGCGAGGAACGAGGUGGAGGCGAAGCUCCACGCAGCCAACGAGACUCUCGAGGAGACAGAGAAGCAGAUUAGCACCGUCACUGCCCAGAAAGAUGCCGAGAUCUACCGCCUAUCUGAAGAGUUGAGAACCAGACCGGCAGGUGGUGGCGGCGGUAGUAGUCUGCCAGUGGCAGGUGCUCCACCCCCACCCCCACCGCCUGGUGGCGUGCCACCCCCUCCCCCUCCGCCCCCUGGUCCCGGUGGUGCGCCACCCCCACCCCCUCCGCCCCCAGGACCACCAGGGGCACCCCCACCACCCGGAGCUCCGCCCCCUCCGCCUGGGUUUCCAGGUCUUCCCGGAGCCCCACCCCUUCCCGGACAGGGGUUGUCGACGCUCAGGGCAAAGAAGAAAUACCAACUGGAAGUCCAGAUGAGGAGAAUGAACUGGACAAAGGUCCAGCCAGCUAUGCUGAAGGCAGAGUCAUUCUGGGCCAGGGCUAAUGAAGAGUCUUUUGCAUCGCAGGAUCUCUUUCAUGAAAUUGAGAAGACUUUUGCCACUGGCAGAGCUCGAGGCGGUUUAGAGGUGGAACAGAAACCUCGUUUCACGGCACCCAAGAUCAAGGAACUGAAAGUUUUGGACGGAAAAACAGCCCAAAACAUUUCUCUGUUGCUGGGAGCUCUGCGGAUGCCUCACGUGGAGGUCCGUAACCUCGUUCUCUCCGUGGACGACGAGAAACUAACUGAACAAGUCAUCCAACAACUCAACAAGUACUUGCCCGGCAAAGAUGAGAUGCUACAACUGAUGGGCUAUCGAGACAAGAUCCACGAUCUCAGUGACGCCGAGCAGUUUGGAGUGGUGAUGAGUGACAUAAAGAGACUGCCGGAGAGAUUGGAAUGUAUGGUAUUCAGAGUCCGUUUCCCGGAGGAGGUGGAAGAACUUCAACCUAUGGUGUCUGCAGUCAUUUCUGCCUGUCGAGAGAUUAAGACCAGCAAAAAAUUCGGAAGAGUUCUCGAGGUUGUGCUGCUGAUGGGUAACUACAUGAAUGCUGGCUCCAGAAACCAGCAGUCCUAUGGGUUUGACCUCAGCUACCUGUCCAAACUGAGCUCGACCAAGUCGGCAGACCAGAAAACAACGCUCCUCCAUUUCUUGGCCAACACGGUGGAGAACAGGUUUGCCGAUCUCAUCGACUUUCACAACGAUCUGAGGAACGUGGAAGAGGCAUCUCGAGCGUCGGAGGACGCCAUGAAGAGUGGAAUGAAGACAAUGGAGGAAGGGAUCAAGAAGGUCAAAGGUGAGGUCAAGCACCACGCCAAGCCUCAGGGAAAGGAAGACAAAUUCAUUGAGAAAAUGAAGGCAUUCCUGGCCACCGGGGAGCCGACCUGCAGCAAACUAAAGGAACAAGUGACACUGAUGGAGAAGAAAUACGAGGAAAUUGCCACCUACUUCACCUUUGACCCCAAGAAAAUCCCCAUGGAAGAGUUCUUCGGUGACCUCACCACAUUUAUAAAAGAAUUUGAGAGGGCGAGAAAAGAGAAUGCUAAGAUCAGGGAGCAGCUGGAGAAGCAGAAACAGGCCAGAGAGCGAGAGGAGAGAGCACGACAGGCCAAGUUGAAACAGCGACCGGUGGCCUCGGGGACCAAAGUCCUGGACCUGAGUAAGGGAGGUGAUGAUCAGGAGGGGCUGCUGGACAAUCUUCUGGAGACUCUGCAGAGUGGCAGCGCCUUCAACCCAAAGAAAAAGAGACCAGGACCCAGAGCCCAGAGGUUGCGAGGAGGUCCGAAGGAGGAGACGGCUAAACUGGAGACGCAGCUGGUGAACAAUGCCCAGAGACCCGUCUCCCAGACCCACUACAACUCCAGGACACGAGGCCGAGGAAAGUCACAGGCAGAAGAACUGUUGUCAAGGCUACAGGACAACUCCGCAAGCACUGCCCUCUGA